UCAUGUACCCCAACUCAGGUACAGUACACAGGAUACGUUUUAUUUACCCCGUGACUUGCAUGCUACUGGGGCGCACGCUACAUCGUCUUCACCUCCGCACCAUGUCGCCCGCUUCCACUCUCUGGCACGCCGAUUCGUCCGCCGCUCGCCACUCCAGCGUCACUCUCUUCAACGAGUUCCUUCGCUCCACGCGUUCAGCUUUGACGCAGUCGCCCUCCUCGGUGCAUGUGUUCAUGGGAAACGAGGCCGCCGACGCCGACUCCAUCGUCAGUUCACUGAGCUACGCCUUUGUGCACUACCAGCAGCACUCAGAUACGCUACAUGUGCCAGUGAUGCCGAUCCCCCGGUCUGAAUUAGUGCUACGUUGUGACGUUACUGCAUUGUUCCAGGAAUUGGGCGUGGAUACACACGCUCUUGUGUUCGUGGACGAGUUCCCCUGGGGAAUAAAGAGCAGAGUGAAGGUCACACUCAUGGACCAUAACGCACUUAGUAAUAAGAAGAUACCACAGGUUAACGGGCUCCAAGUGGUAGAGAUCGUGGACCAUCACUCGGAUCUGGGCCAGCACUUGGACGCCGAGAAGAGAGAAGUAGCUUUUGCUGAUGGUAACGCACUGGUGGCAUCAACGUGUACGCUGGUUGCCGAGAGGCUGAAGGAAGUUGCGACUCAUGAAGCGCAUAAACUACUAUCGACUAUGCUACUGGGAGUGAUCGCUCUGGACAGCAUCAACUUCGACCCGAAUGCGAAGAAGGUGACGCCGAGAGACGUCAAGGCGGCGGAGAAGCUGGAGGAGAUGGCGUUUGCGAAGAAAGAACCACUGUUUAAAUGGCUACAGGCAGAGAAAUUUAACCCCGCACAUUGGGGAGCAUUUACGCUCGAGAAUUGUCUACAGGUGGACUACAAGGAGUUUACGUUCACGACUGCAACUGGUGCCUCGAAGGUCGUCGGUAUCAGUGCCGUGCUGAUUGACUUGGAAGCUUUUGUGCUUAAGACUAAAGAUGCCACUGCACUGCGUAAAGGAAUGACUGACUACUGUAGGCAGAAUACGCUGUCGUUCCUGGUGGUGAUGACGAUGUUCAUGACGUCCGACAACCAGCGCCACCGCCAGUUGCUCUUCUUUCAAGAAGACGGAGAUGAUGCCAAGCAGUGCAUUGAGUAUAUCAAGACGGAAGCGGUUACGACGGCUACGCCCGAGGAGCUACGCGGAUCAUAG